AUGGCCGACGACACGAUCACUUCCGAACCUAGGGAGCCUCUGGCUGCUCCCGCUGAAGACGUAGCAGCCGAGGACGCGGUAGCGACGCGCCGCUUCGACUUCCAGGAGCAUCUCUGGGCAUGGAAGACGGGGCUGCGCGCGCUGACGUGCAUCAUCGCCGUCAUCGGCAUCGGCACGCUGGGCUGGGCCGCGUCCAACGAGAAGAAAUACCCCAGCGGGGCGUGGAUCGAUGGGUCUGGCGUCGCUAUCUGCAUUGUUCCUCUCGCCGUCUCCCUCGUCUUCAACAUCCUCGUAAUCAGCAUCCUCUUCCUGCGGCGGCGGCCCAUCCACCCGGGCUUCUGCGUAGCGCUAGACCUACUCCUCUGGCUCGCGCUCAUCGUAACGGGGCUCUUCGUCACCAGCACCGCGCUCGACCUCACGCUGUACUACGCCGACGACGCCGACCCGUACUACUACAACCCGUCAUCCAGCAGCAGCUCCAGCUCCAGCGGGUACCACUACGGCUACACCAGCUCCGGCUCCUACUACAGCUACUACACGCGCGGCGCGUACAUCUACGACCCCAGCACCGGCACGUACGUCUACCAGGCCGCCGGCGCAGCGUGCAGCGGCUGGGCGUCGUGCGCGCAGGAGCGCGCUGUCCUGGCCGCGCUGAAGCACCGUGGCCGCGUGGAGUGGGUUGGUGCCGGCGCGGCGUGGGCCUGCCUGCUGCUGCACUUCGUGCUGUUUGUGUGGGCGUGCGUGGACACGAGCCGCAGGAACAGGCGCAAGGCGGGUGGGAAGGCGAGGGUCCUCGCUGAGGCUAUCGUCCAGGAAAUGGUCGAUUCCGGGCGCUUGUUGCCGGCUGGGGGCGCGGCGGCGCAGGGGCAGCACGGCAACGUCGUCCAGCCGCAGAGGACGUAUGCGCCGAAGGGAAGGUUUUAUGGCGGUGGUGGUGCGCCGCAGGGUGGGCAAGGUGGGCAAGGUGGGCAAGGUGGGCAGGGCGCGCAUGGCACGCAAGGCCUUAUCCAGCCGCUGCAGCGGCCGGUGCAGCCGCAGCAGGCGCAGGUGGUGCGGGGCCCGUUGGCCGCGCUGCCGGAGAUUAGGGAAUCCCGGACGCUGGAGGAGGUGUGA